GCACCCGGCCCGCACGGCGGCACACGCACCGCGGGCAGGUACCGGGGCGGCCCGGCGGGCGGAAGGCAGCGGAAGGGCCGGGCCUUGGUGUGCCCGGGCCGGCCGUGCGGCAGUGCGGGCCCGGUUCCUCCGUGCCGGUGUUCAGCCGCGCCGCCCCUCCCGGAGCUCGGGCUCCCAUCGCGCGGGGGCACACACCGGCAGGCCCCGGGCACUCCUUGGCUCUUUCCGCCGAGGAAAGACAAAAAGCCUUCUCCCGCAGGAGAAGCAGCCGCGCGCUCCGGCCACGGGCAGAGGAAAAGCGCCGAAGCUUCCGGCGAGAAUUGCUGCGGAUUAAGCGAUCGCUGAGUUCCGUCGGCAGCAGUGCCAUUCGAACAAAGCGAGAAGACAAAUUAGGUCUCUCAAUAAGAAGAGUCCUGACGUACAAUCCAUGUGCAAAUUUUGAAAAUUCAGACUAUCGCUUGUGUAUUGACGUGGGUGAUCUUCACAGAAACUCCUGAAGGCUUCAAAGAUUUAUUUUGGGCAAAACAAAUGAGAGAAGUUGUUCUGAUAAAGUGAAAUGAAUCCUUGUUCAGUUGGAGUUCAGCUCCAAGCGACCAACGAAUGCCAUAAGACCUAUUACACCCGUCACACUGGCUUCAAGACCAAACAAGACAUCUCUUCAUCUGACCUCCUGCUGCUUCAGCUGAGGACUGGGAUAACCCUGUCAGAGGGCAACACAAUCUGCCUCCACCAUGCCAAAAUUUACAUUGAACGGUUUGAAGACUUACAAAAAUCCUGUUGUGAUCCCUUUAACAUCCACAGAAAGCUGUCGAAGAAAAACCUGCGAGCCAUCGACUUAGACGAUGCGGCUUUUCUCAGUGCCAAGUUUGGGAGGCAGUUUGUUCCUGGUUGGAAGCUUUGUCCCAAAUGUAUGCAGAUAAUAAAUGGGAGCGUGGAUGUGGAACCUGAGGAGCGACAAAGGAGAAGGCUGGAUCCAGAUGGGCGUACAGCCAAGGCUUUAAAGUCUCUCCAGUUUGCUAACCCAGGACGACAGACUGAGUUCACUCCAGAGACCAGUAAAAGGGAAAAAAGAAGGCAAACAAAAAUCUCAGUGUUUAAUUCAGACAGGCAAGUUAUCCCAGCCAAGAGUAAGGUGUACGACAGCCAGGGGCUGCUGCUCUACAGCGGGAUGGACCUGUGUGACUGCCUGGAUGAAGAUUGCCUGGGCUGCUUCUACGCCUGCCCCAAGUGCGGCUCCAACAAGUGCGGCACCGAGUGCCGCUGCGACCGCAAGUGGCUCUACGAGCAGAUCGAGAUCGAGGGAGGGGAGAUCAUUAAGAACAAGCACGUUGGCUAGGGGGCAUGUGCACUAUUCCACCCUGGAUGGGUGGGCCAGGCUUUGGUUAAACACUGCACAUGCAGCGUUUGGUUUAAUGGAAGCUGCUUGUCGGGAGCCACGUGAUGGAUGUGCUCGCUUUCACAGUCGUUUUCAGAGUGGUUGUGGACAUAGCCAUAGUGCUGUCUUUUCACACUUGAGCUCUGCACUGCAAUCAGGCCUGUUAGCCAUGCAGGUAGGAUCUCACUGAACAGCUGUAUUCAAGUACAGGGUGCUGAAUUCUAAUGUGCUCUAUCCUGAGCCACUCACUGUUCUUUCAGUCACUGUUUUAUAGGAUGUACCAUCUCCGUGUAUUCCUCAUUUCUCCUUCUCAGUUUCAGGAUCUCAUGGGUUUUAAUCUGUUUUGUGUGAAAUGCUGUCAAAGUUCUCAAUGAAUUUACAUGCAGUGUUAAUAGAACUCUCUAGUAUUAAUAGUGAAUACUGUGUCUUCUAUAGAGUAUUGAAGCUACACCUGAUAAAUCCAAUCCUGUUCACUUAUAAAGGAGUCAAAAGCAUUUAGCUGUUCAGGUCUCAUCCAAAUUAGUAGGAUUUGAGGUCAGGUUAUUGUUAUGAAUUCAUAUUAAUUCAUAUUAAAAUAUAAAAAUUAAACUGUCAAAGCAAUGUAUUAAAGUAUUACUUAUUAUUGUGGUUUCUGUAGAACAAAAUUGUUUUGAUUUUGGUCUGUUACCAGUCUGUAAUUGGACUGAACCAGUACUUCCAACAGCCCUCUCCCAGUUUCUUUCUCUUUACUGAUUUUUAAGGUUUAUAUGCAGCUGAAAUGAGUUUCUGUUUCCAAGCCAGGAUAUUCUAGACUGUUACCAAAAAAAACCCAGAUGAAUGGAAAGCAUCUUUGGUUGAUACAUUAUCUGUCUUCAUAAUAUUAAACUUUUACACUAUAACAAAAAUUACUGAAAAGAUUCUAUAAAUUAAGUGUUAGUAACAUUUUUAUUCUUUGUAUUCUUGUUGUGUUUUGUAUAAAUUUCCUAUUCUUUGAUGACUUGGAAGAUCUGCAUGUUUGUUAGGUCAGAUUUUUUUCAAUAACACUGUUAAGUUCUUGCAGACUUACUUGGUAAAGUUGUAUAAUUUUGCAAUGUGCUCAGCAGAACUUUUUCUGUUCUGAUAAGUGUCAUGAAUGUUGCUGUGCCAAAAUCCAAAGUUAUGCUUUGAGUUCUGCUGACAUCUGCUGGUCCUGCUGGAGUAUAAGCACUGAGAUGCUACAUUUUUAUUAAAUCUGUUAUAAAAAUAA